CACUUCAAUUCUCCCUUCUUUUCUUUUCCGCUUUAUCGUUCCCAGAAACCACCUUUCCACCACACAAACACAAUGACCUCAACGACAACACCCCGUCUCCAUAUCCUCUCUGCAGCCUCUCCCUCAAAACCCACAAUUUUGUCAUCUCCAAGAACACCAGCAACAGUAACACUCUUCUUUACCAGAACGAGGCCGUUGAAUCUCACAACAGUCGCAUCUCCAAGACUAGAUGUUGUGUUGGCAGCAGCAAAAGCAAACCCAAGUGGAGAGCAGAAGUGGACGCACGAAGGUUCAAUUACAGAAUCAUUGCCCAAUGGCAUGUUUAGGGUUAAAUUAGAUAAUCAAGACUUGAUAAUUGGGUACAUUUCUGUGCCUUCACCAGAUUGUAAUUACAAUGUGGUCAACCACAUCCAAAUAGAGAUGACAAAUGGCGGUCGGAGUAGAUUCUCCCCACAAUAAGGGAUCUGUUGCCUUGGGGAGAGUUGAAGCUUGCUUCUUCUCCAGGAUUUUCUUGGUCAUCAAUACGACCUGUCCUUAAUAGAACCCUCUGAUAAAAUUGUUUUUGGGACGAUCUCAUAAUUGAGAAUUAUUUAAAUGUGGGGUUAUUUUGAUUA